AUGCACUAUUCGCUGACCAUUUCCGUCGGCGUUUUUGGAUGCGCAAGACUGUCUUUGAUCGUUUGUACCAUAGCGCUCGGUCCUAUGAUGCUGAUCCUGAAGAAGGACGUUGUGGGAAUGAUUGGCUUCUCUGGUUGCCAUAAGUGCACAGCCGCACUCCGGAUGCUUGCAUAUGGCACGACCGUUGAUUCAUGGGACGAGUACCUACAAAUGUCUGAGAGCACACACGGAGAUGCCAUGGUCAGGUUUGCAACUAUUGUGGUCAAGGUGUUCGGACCUCAGUACCUGAGAGAACCAACUGUGGCAGACACCGAGAGGCUCUUGGCAAUCUCAGAAGCAAGAGGAUGCCUAGGUUUGCUUGGAUCUCUUGACUGCAUGCAUUGGAAACGGAAGAAUUUCCCUAAGGCUUUACAAGGGCAAUAUCAGGGUCAUGUUAAGAACUCCAUCAUUCUUGAAGCAGUUGCAUCACAAGAUCUUUGGAUUUGGCACGCUUUCUUUGGCAUAUCCGGGUCUCAUAAUGACAUCAAUGUGCCGCAACAACCAUCAUUGUUUGCGAGGCUGACUGAAGGAAAAGCUCCUCCUUGUCAGUAUAAUAUCAAUGGACAUGAGUACAACAUGUGCUACUAUCUGGUUGAUGGUAUCUAUCCUCCAUGGACUACCUUUGUCAGCACCAUCUCAAACCCAGUUGGCCAAAAAAAGUCCCACUUUGCCCAAAGACAAGAAGCAACUAGAAAGGAUAUUCAUAGAACAUUUGGAGUUCUGCAGGGUCGUUUUGCAGUUGUUCGUGGACCUGCUAAACAACAUGAUCCGAAAACCUUAUGGGAGGUGAUGACAUGUUGUGUGAUCAUGCACAACAUGAUCGUCGAGGAUGAGGGUGACGAUGUUGUCGCAGCUCUGAAAUUUGAGAACAUGGAAUCCUAUCCAACUUGCGAAGCAGAAUACAACCACAUUUGA